UGUUGAUCAAAGGGAGAAGUUUUUCCUUUGUCUGCUACUUCCGGAAAGCGGGGCACAGGUUUGAGGAUCGCGGCCAGGAUGGCUCUGCGCUCUGUACCCCUCUUGCUCCUGGUGUUGGUGGCUGUGGCCCUGAGGGAGAGCUGCUUUGGCGCCUCCUCCCAUUCCCUGAAGUAUUUCUUCACCUCCAUCUCGGACCCCAGUCAGGGGAUGCUCCAGGUUGUUUCUGUGGGGUACGUGGACGGUCAGGUCUUUGUUCAAUACGACAGCCACAGCCGGAGGAUGAAGCCUCGAGUCUCCUGGAUUGAAAAGUAUGUGGGGAAGGAGGAUCCCCAGUACUGGGAGAGAGAGACCCAGAUGGCACGUGGACAUGAGGAGUGGUUCAGACAAAACCUGGAGACUCUGAGGAGUCACUACAAUCAGAGCG